AUGGGCUCAGAGAAAGUGGAAGGCGUCGGAUGUGCAGCCGGUCUAAUUGCGUUGAUUAAACGCAUGUUCAACCGGAAGGAGCGCCGUAAGCAAAGAUGCAGCCUCGAGGUCCGCACGUCGGCUUCGAAGUUGCAGAAGGAGAACUUCGAAUUCGUUCGCACGCUAGGAACCGGUGGUUUCGGACGUGUGCUGCUAGCAAUUCCGAAGGGAGUGGAGGGCAUAGAGGAACCAUGCGCCGUGAAACGUCAGAAGAAGUACACCCUGAUCGUGCAGAAGCAGGUUGAUCACGUAAUCUCCGAGAAGAAGCUACUGGCAAGCGUCAACCACCCGUUCAUCGUUAACAUGCUCGGCACGUUCAAGGACCCGCAAUACAUUUACAUCGUGAUGGAGUGCGUCUUCGGCGGCGACUUUUUCGGCUACCUGCGUAGCAUAGACAGGCUGAACAGCGACGCUGCCAUGUUCUACGCCGGGCAGAUCACUGCCAUCUUCGAGUACAUGCACUCGCACAACAUCAUCUACCGUGACCUCAAACCGGAAAACUUGCUAGUGGGCCGCGACGGGUACCUCAAGUUGACCGAUUUCGGUUUCGCCAAGGUCGUAGAGAUGCGCACGUACACGCUGUGUGGCACGCCCGAGUACCUCGCCCCCGAGAUUCUGCUCAACAAAGGACACGGCAAGGCCGUUGAUUGGUGGACGCUGGGCAUCCUUAUCUACGAAAUGUUGGUGGGCUACCCGCCCUUCUACAACGAGGACCCUAUGGGCAUCUACAAGAAGACGCUGGAGUGCCGCCCCGUUUACCCGAGCUUCUACAACCCCGAUGCCAAGGAGCUGACCAAGAAAUUGCUGACCUUCGACCCGUCGAAGCGCAUUGGUAACCUGCACAAGGGAGCUGAAGACGUUCGCACGAGCAAGUGGCUGUCGCCGUUGGACUUCGACAAGCUGCUUAAGAAGGAACUGCCCGCUCCCUAUGUGCCCGAGCUAAGCAGCAAGGAUGAUACUGCUAAAUUCGGAGACUACCCAGAUUCGAUGGAUAUCCCCCGUCCGGUCGAGGGCCGAGACGAUCCCUUUGACAACUGGUGA